AUGCAUCAAAAUGCCACCGGCGACCGCUCCGGUAACAUCGAUAUCGAAAAGAUGGACAGACCAAGCUCGCCUGAUGCCUCGAUAGAUCCUGGUAUUCACACCAGCGAUGUUUCGAGGUUGUCGAUAUCUGGCGGCGGUAACUUGUCUCUUGACGAUGUACAAGCUGUCCAUGUCCAGCUUCACGAACUGGCCGUCUCAGUUGACACAGCGCCGUCAUGGCUCGCCCCUUCGACCUACGGAGAUCUGUUCUCGUCAAAAUUCAGCACUGCUCCGAAAAUGAAAGCCCUGCUUCAUUCAGUAAACGCGGAUCUGCGACCAGGAACACUAACAGCCAUCAUUGGAGGCAGCGGCUCAGGCAAGACGACGUUGCUCAACACGGUAGCAGAAAGAGUUUUGAGUUCCAGGCUAAGCCAACAGGGUAUCGCCACCUUUAACGGUAAGGUUGGAGUGCAUAGCGUGCGCCAUGCCUAUGUUAUGCAGCAAGAUAUCCUGCUGCCAACUCUGACUGUUAGGGAGACUCUGCGGUACUCGGCCGACUUGCGACUCCCGCCUUCAACCACGGCCGAAGAACGCCAGAGGGUUGUUGAGGAAGUUAUUCUUGAACUAGGUCUUAAAGAAUGCGCCGACACACGCAUCGGGAAUUCCCAACAUCACGGAUGUUCAGGUGGUGAGAAGCGACGUACGAGUAUUGGUGUUCAACUGCUGGCCAAUCCGUCUGUCCUUUUCCUCGACGAACCCACCACCGGCCUUGACGCAACGAGCGCGUACCAGCUUGUACGAACACUCAAGACGCUUGCGCAAAAGGGGCGCACGAUCGUCACAACCAUCCACCAACCUCGGUCUGAAAUCUGGGAUCUCUUCGACAACUUGAUCGUUCUAACAAAGGGAAGCCCUGUCUUUUCAGGGGCUGUCAAGGAUGCCGUCCCGUGGUUCAGCGAGCUGGGCUUCCAACUGCCCCCUUUUGUCAACCCUGCUGAGUUCAUCAUCGAUAUUGCCGCUGUUGACAACCGAACACCCGAGUUGGAGCAGGAAACAACAGCCAAGGUCGAGCGUUUGAAGAGUGCUUGGAGUCAGGAGACGUUGAAGCGAUACCAACCGCUCGAUAACUCGAUUGAUGUUGGUGAUGGAAAGAAAAAGAAGGAUAAGAGACCUGAAGAACAUGCAGGCUUUUUACGACAACUCACCGUUCUCACCGAUCGUACGCUUAAAGUCACAUAUCGAGACCCCCUCGGUAUGGCAGCUUCUAUCACCGAAGCUGUCUUCAUGGGCCUGGUAUCUGGAUACAUGUUCUACGACCUCGGCCGCGACCAAGCCGGUAUUCGAUCUCGCCAGGGUGGUCUAUACACCGCCGCCGGUCUUCAAGGCUACCUCAUCCUCAUCUUCGAAGUGUACCGUAUGACCUUCGACAUCCCAACAUUCGACCGCGAGAACUCAGAGGGUUGUGUCGAUGCUCUACCGUUUGUCCUCUCGAGACGAAUCGCCCGCAUGAUCACCGAAGAUGUAACAGCGCCUUUCCUCUUCUCCGUGAUUUUCUACUUCAUGGCUGGAUUUGAGCGCGAUGUCGAACGGUUCUUUAUCUUUUUCGCUGUCACUCUGUUGAAUCAGUACAUUGCUGUUACGUGUGCUAUGACCUGUGUUGCGACGGUUAGACACUUCGCUGGAGCAAGUGUGAUCGCCAACUUGAUCUUUACUUUGCAGAGUAUGGCUUGUGGCAUGUUCAUCAACGUGAACAGUCUGCCAGUUUAUGUCCGCUGGCUGAAGUGGCUCACUUACACGUUCUACGUCUUUAGUGCAUAUGCAGGAAACGAAUUUGAAGGAAGCUUUUACGAUUGUCCUUAUUCGGGUGGAGAGUCUGAUCCGAGAUGCAAGCAGUACACCGGAGCGUACGUGAUGUCUUCCCUGGGAUUUCCCAAAGAUUGGGUUGCCAAACCUAUUCUCGUGCUCCUUGCCUUUGUCAUUUUAUUCAUUGUGCUAUCAGUCAUCGGACUGCAUAUCAUCAAAGUCGAGAUGACGAUUGCUCGCGCUCGUGUGUCGGAUACAGAUCUUUCGGCGGGUAAGGAGAAGAUGACUGCACGUUCUGUUGCCGAUGUACGCGCUAUUGACUUGGAGCUCGAUCAAUUCUCAUUGGCUCUGGACAAGAGAUCACAAAGAGGGAAGAAGCUGCCCACCAAGAUCAUCCUAAACCCCAUCACGGCGGCGUUUAGUGCUGGAGUACUGAACGUAAUCAUGGGACCUUCAGGAAGUGGAAAGACGUCCCUGCUCAACUCAAUGGCCCUGCGACUACGCAAUUCUGUGGGAACAAAGUAUCGACCAGCGGGUAAACUGACCUUCAAUGGUGCUGUCCCUUCAGAUUCGGUUAUUCGAUCGGUGUGUUCUUAUGUCUGUCAGGAUGACGACGCACUGCUGCCAUCCCUUACGGUCCGCGAGACACUUCGGUUUGCAGCUGGGCUUCGAUUGCCGUCGUUUAUGAGUAAAGAGGAAAAGAACCGUCGAGCAGAAGAUGUUCUCCUGAAGAUGGGCUUGAAAGAUUGUGCUGAUAACCUGGUUGGCGGUGAACUUGUGAAGGGUAUCUCUGGAGGAGAGAAACGCCGAGUAUCUAUCGCAGUCCAGGUCCUUACUGAUCCUCGCAUUCUACUUCUGGACGAACCGACAUCGGGACUUGAUGCUUUUACUGCAAACUCUAUCAUGGAAGUGCUUCAGGGUCUGGCUAAUGAAGGCCGCACACUGAUUCUUACAAUCCAUCAAGCUCGACCUGAUCUGUUUAGGGAGUUUGGAAACGUACUUCUUCUGGCACGAGGUGGCUCACAGGUUUACUCUGGUGCUGGAAAGGACAUGCUUGGAUAUCUUGCACGUCAUGGCUAUGAGUGUCCUCAGCAUACAAACCCCGCGGACUUUGCCUUGGAUAUGAUUACUAUCGAUCUACAGCAGGAGGGCAAAGAGUUGGAGUCGCGGAAGCGAGUGCAGCUUUUGAUCGACCAUUGGAAAGAGGAGGAUUCAUCGACGAAGAGAGGAGGCCUUGCUGAUAUUAAAGAGAAGGAUGAAGUCCAGCCGGAUCCUACCAACCAAACAGACAUGUCCAUUGCUUCCCCAAAGGAUACAACUCUUCCACCAUCGUCAACACCACAGCGUCGAUCCUUCAACAAAGCCAACCUCUCUACCCCCGCCGAACUAGGAGCCCUCAUCCGCAAACGCGCCCCCAUCACAACAGCCCUCCCCCUUCUUCUCCACCGCGCCUGUAUCAACACCUACCGCCAACCAGAGCUCAUCAUCGCUCGUCUCAUGCAAGUCAUCGGUCUCGCUCUUGUUCUGGCGUUAUUCUUUGCACCCUUCGACAACGAUUACUACUCCGUCCAGAACCGGAUGGGUUUUGUGCAGGAGAUUGGUGCGUUCUACUUUGUGGGAAUGCUGCAGAACACAGCUAUCUAUCCGAAUGAGCGCGAUGUGUUCUACAGAGAGGAUGACGAUGGUGUUUAUAGCGUUGAUGCUUUCCUCGCUGCGUACACUAUCCUUGAAGUGCCCUUUGAGGUUAUAAGCUGCAUGAUCUUUGGCGUCCUGGGUGUUAUUGCAGUGGAUCUUCCCCGAACGGCAACACUCUACUUCGUCUCUGUAUUCGCCUGCUUUGGCAUUGUAUCCUGUGGCGAGAGUCUUGGAAUCAUGUUCAACACACUCUUCGGACACACCGGUUUCGCCGUCAACAUCAUGGGCGUGUUCCUCGCGCUCGCAAACACAAUGGCUGGUAUCCUCUCCAUCGAUAUGCCGGACCUCUUCAAAGCCUUCAACUACCUCUCGCCUAUCCGGUACGGCACACGUGCUGUGGCGCCGUAUUCACUACGCGGUCUUACCUUUACGUGCAACGAUGACCAGAGACUAGCGAACGGGAAGUGUCCGAUCGAGACGGGGCAGGAUGUGCUAGAGCUGUAUAACUUCGAUGUCGAUCCUGUGGUUAACGUGGCGUGCUUGGCGGCUUGUGUGGUAGUUUAUAGACUUCUUGCUUGGGGACUGUUAAGGAUUGCGAGGACGCAUUGGAAGGGGAGGAAGAAGGAGAGGGAAAAUAAGUGA